CUUGGAGCUGCUGAGGAGUGAGGAUCUGCUGCUGUGGUGUCUGCUGCAGCUGCUGUGGAGCUUCUGCUGGUGGGGUCAUCAUGGGCAACGACACUGGAACCUUCAGAAAACACAACAGUGUGAUGUGCAUGUGUGACCAAACUGAGCAAACAACCUCCUCAUCAGUUAUCAUCGACACAUAACCUCAGUCAGGGGGCAGUGAUACUCCCAGUAAGGUCAAAGCUGUCAGAAGAAGAAGAAGCCACUGGUCUUUUUUUUUUUUUUUUUGUCGGCUCGCUACCAUGGGCCAUAUAUGAAGAGGUUGCUACCUGCUAACUCAUUGCUAACAAGCGAGUAUUUCCUGCCUGUGACUGGACACAGCUAUGGACGUCGACACGUUAUUGGAAGCGUUUCAAGAUUUCGAGAAGAAAGGAAAGAAGGAGACUUGCCCUUUACUAGAGCAGUUCCUGUGUCAUAUUGCCAAGACAGGGCAAGCAAUGAUCCCAUGGCCACAGUUCAAAACGUACUUCAUGUUCAAGUUGGAAAAAGUCAUGGAUGAUUUCCACGCCUCGACACCAGAGCAGAGAGGACCACAUAAUCCCAACGUAGAGUAUGUUCCCUUUGAAGAAAUGAAGAAGAGGGUCUUAAAAAUAGUGGAUGGUUACAAUGGAAUCCCAUUCACCAUCCAGCGUCUGUGUGAGCUGCUUACUGACCCGAAGCGAAACUACACAGGAACAGACAAGUUUCUCAGGGGUUUGGAGAAGAAUGUAAUGGUCGUCAGCUGUGUGUACCCCACGUCGGAGAAAAAUGGAGCGUCCAAUGUAAGCCGAAUGAAUGGAGUGAUGUUUCCUGGUAACUCUCCUCUAUAUUCAGACAGUCGAAAUGUGAAUGGACCAAGCACACCAAAGCCACUGACCAGACCAAAGCUGUCGCUGUCAACAUCACUGUCCACCAAUGGGCUCCCUGACUGUCCAGUCAGCAAAGAGUCUGAGCCAACCACGGAAGAAAUGGAGGAGCACCGUGUCAGUGAAUCCUCGCUGUCAGACGGAGCAUCCAGUGGGAUAAAGAACAAACACCCAGAGGAGGAAGAGGAUUCUGAUUCUGUCAAGCAAGAGGCCAAGAGGCUGAAGUUUAAUGAGAAGGAAGAAGAUGAACCUGCAAGUGAAGACAACGAGUCCUCUUGUCAUAAAGGGCCAGAGAGUAUGACGGAGACACCGGCGUCUUCAGGAAGCUCCUGUGGUCCGGAGUACAAAAGUGGGACAUCGUGUGACACACCUAGCGCUGCAGACAAUCCUGAGCCCAGCAGCGUACUGACAGAACCUUCAGAAGGGGAAGGAGACUCAUCUGAGGCCGGUGCUGUCGACAGUGAGCAAGUUAAUAGUGACAGCCCCGUGGACCAGUCUGAGCAGCCUGCUCCAUCAGAGGACAGUGCAAACGUAGAGCAGGACAAUGUGGAGAGCAGCAGCAGCAGUGACGGAGAGGGUUUAACCAGCGACAAGCAGGACCCAUCUUCUGGUAAUUCACCCGACUUGUCAACAGAGGGUGGUGCUGACAUUUCAAGCAGUGAAGAGACUGCAAUAAAGCCUGGAGAACAUGACUGACCUGAAAGCAGCCUGCAAAUGGACUAUUUUACACUGUAUGAUACCACACCAAGGGUAUAUCUGUAGCACUGUGGGCCUUUAGGCUUCAGGACCAGGAGCAGUGUGGACCCUUGAGAUUCCUGAGGAUCUUCUUAAGUUACAAACUCUCAAGGCCACACAUCACCUGGUCAUUAAACUGGAAGGAGAUGAUUUUAAAAUGAUCAUUGAGACUGCCUUUUUCACUGUUGACUAGAAGUUUUUCUAAUCUAAUUUUUAUAUAUAUAUAUAUAUGGAUAUUAUAACUAUUGGCAACAUGUAUAUUCAGUAAUUUCAUAAAUUGGCAUGUAUUUCCCAAAAAAGGAUACAUUUCAUAGUUGGAUUUGUGUUUUAUUCCUGAGCACAUUGCUUUGAGCUUUGACUGUAUUUCUGAUGAAUGUGUCUGUCUCCGUGUGAAUGAGGACACCUGCCAUUGUGAAUGGAUUCGCAGAUGUCUGCUUUUUCUAUGAAGCACACACCACAAAUUAUAUUUCCUACUAACAUUAUGUUGCACUUACAUGCAUUAACGUUGACUCCCUGAACGAUGUGGAAAUUUUAAAUUUGGUUUUGCUUGGUCACUGUAUGAAGCCGACCAAACAUAAUGUUGCCAGUAGUAACCAGCUUGGUUAGAUAGAGUAUUGGUUUGGCUUGAUGGUGUCCAUUUUCUGCAUCUAACUCUGUAAACAAAAGGUACUUUUACACUUUGAGUAUGCCAUACCAUAGUUGUACAACUGUCACUUUUGAUAAUUAGGAUUUUUACAGCACAUAUCUGUAAAUGAGUUUUUGUAGUCUUGUUAUACACGUCCACUGCCUUCAUGAGACUGAUAGUUGCUGGAAAUGGAAGGCUUGAGCUUGUGUUUAUAGUUUUCAUUGAAAGCAAUAAAUGCUAAACAUUUGAAGUGUA